AAUUUGUUAUUAGCAGCCAACAAAAUUUGGGCAUCUAUACAAAAAUUUAGAUGAAGCAUGGGAGUGUUUUAAUUUUGCGCAGUGAAGGUCCAUAGGGUUGGUUUCUUCUUCUUCUUCUUCCUUGAUUCUGUGGCUAAUUCAAAUUGCAGAAUUGAAUUGUAAUGUUAUGGGGAGAAGUGUUUCAAGGUCUCCGUCGUAUACUCACCGCUCCAGUUCCCAUCGCCAUGGUCGGAGAAGCAGAAGGGACCGAACUCCUUCCCCAUAUUAUUCCAAUUCCCAUUCCAGGAGAAGGAGCCGUUCAACCUCCCUCCGCCGCCGCAGAACUCCUUCCCCCUCCUACCGUCGUCGUAGAAGUCGCUCUCCCACCCCACGGAGACGCCGCCGUCGCAGAAGUAGGUCUUUCUCCUUAUCCCCUUCCCCCAAAUCCUCUAGUUCCAGUCCUAGCCCUGCAUCCACUGAUCGCAAAAAUUCCAUAGACAAGCUUAAGAAAGAGGAAGAAGAGAAGAAAAGGCGUGAAGCAGAGUUGAAGAAGUUAGAAGAAGAUGCAGCUAGGAGGCUGGAAGAAUUAAUUCAGAAGAAUGUUCAAGAAAUACUAAACUCUGAAGAGACUAGACUAGAAAUACAGAGGCGAAUAGAGGAAGGUCGCAAGAAAUUGUUUGAUGAUGUUGAUCGGCAACUUGAGAAAGAGAAAGAAGCUGCUCUUACUGCUGCAAGACAGAAAGAAGAACAAGCCCGAAAAGAGAGAGAAGAGCUAGAUAGAAUGCUAGAAGAGAAUAGGAGAAGGGUAGAAGAAGCUCAGCGUAGAGAAGCUCUGGAGCUGCAGCGGAAGGAAGAAGAACGAUAUCGUGAGCUGGAGCUGAUUCAGAGACAAAAAGAGGAGGCCGCUCGGAGGAAAAAGCUGGAACAGGGAGAGGAGAGAACAUAGAACGUAGAUUGUGUUGCAGCCGAGAAUGUAUGGUCUACUGUAGAUGAAAUAUGGUACAUCCAUAGUUUCCUGAUCCAUGCAAUGGUGAACUUGAAGCCGAUGAUUUUUGGUCAAAGUUGCUAAUAUCGUUUGGGCUAUUUACCUAUUCCUUGCAUUUUGUGGGACAAUGAUAUUGGUUUCUUUGGCGCCCCUUUGAGUUUCUGUUUUGUGGUUGUUCUAUGACAUGGACAACACAUGAAUUUUGGGUGGUUGAUUUGUUAUUGAAUUGAUCUCGUCAAGUCGUUCUAUAACUGAAGUGCUCAUAAAGCUUAUUAUCAAUUCUUAAAAA